UUCGGCUAAUCGCAAAUUGCGAACAGAUUGUAUAACACACAAUGUAUCAUUGUAAAUUGCAAUCCAAACAGAUAAAUGUACCGAUAAAACGAUGACGUAGUUUUCAGCCGAUUAUUAUUAAACACUAUUAUCAGUCUCCAGACCAUCGCAGACAUGAAACAGCAGAUUUAAGAAACGCAACAAACUCGAAAACAAAAUUCGAAUACCGAUCGCUACAAGACAAAGAAUCACUUACUUGGAAUUGGAUGGUGCGUCUCGUCGGGCGAUUUCUCAAGCAAAAGUCAGCGUUUACGGCAAGUCAGGUCUGCACUGAUCACUCAGACAUCACCACUGUCUACGGUCAAAUAUGGUAAGUACGCACUGUUCCGGACGCCGGCACUUGCAUUUGCUCUGUGGAUGGAACGAAUUACGUAUCAACUGUUGCUAGUGCUCGAUUUUACUGAGUGCGUACGCAAACACUUUACUACUACGCUACUACAGGAAUGUAGCGGGGAUACUACGAGAAGUGGACCUGUCGCAGUCGUCCGCGUGGGAACGGCCUCCGCAAAGGAGAACUUGGACGAGCGACUGCGUAUCGAUCCAGAAACACUACACGUUUUCAAGUGGAACGAACAAGAGAAAAUCAGAGAACUAACUGAUCUACAGGAGGGGUGGGUGAUGAAGUUCAUGGUCAAAAUGGAUCUCCAACAAGUAGGUUAAUUGCUUCCUAAAAAAACAAGGGAAUGAUCAAACUAGACUAGGUUGUCCAGGGAGACAUAUUAAAAAUAUGUACUUAAAUAAUAGGAGUAAAUAAUAACAAAUUUAAAUAACAUGUUAAUCGCGCUGAUUUUGCAAUUUCAGUCAAAGUGUAUGUUAUGAUAUUCAAUUUUGUUAUGAAUUUUUGUUAUUAAAACGUUUUCUCUUAUAACUUUUUUGGUUGCUGGCCGGUACGUUUUUGUGUGUACAAUUUAAAAGAUUAAAUGCAUUCUGUACGUUUCUGUUCGAUGAAACUGGUUAUUACAACCAUCGACGAAGAGGAAUUGUCACUCAAAGGAGUAAAUUAAAAAAAAAUAUGCGUCUACUAGAACCCACCAGUGUG